UAAUAUUCAGGAAUGUAAAGAGGGUAAAAUCUUCCUCUACAGAGAGUAUAUUUACUUGUUCUUCCUCAAGGCAAAUGAACAACAGCCAAAAUGAACAGGGGUGUGAUUUAUUCCUUCUCUUUGGCAGCUCUUCACUUCCUUAAUUCUUCAAAUCUAGCACUUUCUGGUCUCUAUUAUGGAUUGUCAAGCUAUUCUGCAGUGCUGCAGUUUGAAUCACAGGACGUUCUCAGGCUGUCAUGACGCAGCUGUGAUCUGUGAUCUGCACUGGGGUACAGAACAGGACCGCUCCAAAGUCAAUGACUUCUGGAAUAAGAAAGCUGUUUUUAAAAAAAUGUCUUUCUGUUGAGGAAGAAUGCAAAAGACAUGUUUCCCACAAGAAGGUAAGUUCAAGGAGCACUGUUCACUUGACAUCAAGUGAGUUCUCAUUUAUGAGUGAAAAGGGUUUUCAGAAGUAUCUCUCUUCCUGAAGACCCCAGCUGCUAAUUUUGAUGCUUUAAAAGCAGUAUUUUUUUUCAUGUAAAUGCUUUUCUCAAUCUUGUGGUAAACAGAAUAAACUGACAGAAUGCUUUCCUGCACUAAAGUAUAAAAAGUCAACAAACCGCCAAAAAGGGAAAUUGUCUUUUUUCCACUCUCCAUCUGCUGCAGGCAGCUGAAGAGUAACUUAUAGCAACCGUAGAUUAGGAAAAAAAUGCACAUUGCUAUAGAAAUUGCCAACAGUAGACUCACUUGGAGAGCUUGGCUUUAUUUGUAGACAUUUCCAAACAUUAUUUGUUCUUUUUCAGGGUCUAUUUCAAAAUCCAUCAAAGCCAGAGACAAGACUUCCUGUAACUUCAAUGCCUUUGGAGCAGAUUCACAGGGGAGAGCCUGUGGCACCCUCAGCCCUGGCAUUUUUAGUAUGUUCAUGUAGUCACAUUUCCAGUAGCAGAGAAAGAACUGGACAACGCUACCAAAGACAUUCAUCACAAAAGUGAGCUCCUACUGGAAAUGUCUGCAUCAUCAAGCCAGAACAUUUAAGUACAGUCUCCUUCAUCAUGCCUGUGCUUUCAGAAACAGGCUGUGUUUUUCAUAUCUAGAAGGACAAAGUGGGAGGGCUGGAUGCCAGUUGCUGUGAAGCCUGGCAAGUCACCAGGACUGCCAAGAAAGCAAGGGAGAAGAAGCAGGGAGUCUGGAGAAAGCGUCAUGCAAACAUACAGUGGCCAACUAACAGAAGAGCAGCUGCCCUCAGCUCUGACUGCUGCAACAGCUUGAAUAUUAAACACUUAGAUUGGGUGUUCCCAAGCUGAAGUUUGUGAAGUUUUGUAUGGGGCCUGAAAGGGACUCCUAAUUUGCAGACACUCGCAACAGAAACAGCUGAUAAUCGUAGUUACAGUCUCAUUCAGGAAGGGGAUGGGUGUCUGGGCCAAUUAGCUAAUUAGAAUAUGGAUUGGCCUUCUCCAGAGCUGGGAAAUCCAGUCCAAAUAUUCACAUCCAUAAGCUGCUCCAUAAGCUCUCCCUAUUAAUCAGUCAGAAAUUCAUGUGGGAUCUGUUCCAAGGGUUCCAUAGCUGAACUCUUGAUUUACAGGUGUGGUGAGAAGGAAGACAUCCAACAUACUGUAUUUUCUUCUUUCCUCUCAUCCCCCACAAUUUUCCUACCCAUUAAACACUCUCUGGCCAACUUUAUCUUGAAAACCCUGAUAAUAGUCUUGCUUUUUCCAGCAGAACAAAACAGCCAUAAACAGGGGGUCCAGAAAGGUCUUGGGAUUGAAGUUCAGUCUUGGAUGUUGACUAGAUGCAGUGCAUGCAUUUGACUUUGGCAGAAAGCUUUGGAGCUGCACUGGCACUCUGCAGGGAUGGGCACUGCCAUCAGCCCAGCAGUGCAGUGCAGGAGGCAUUUCUGCAGUGCAGGAAUCCAGCCAACACCGCGGAGUCCUCUGUGCUGUGGUAACUGGCUCACUGAUCCAUGUCUAAAUAUAAGUGCAUGUUCUUUCGGUUUUGGGUUAGUGGUAUAAAUUAAUAAUAGUGGCAUCAAGCUCAAAGGAGUUAAUGCCAAGGACAGGAGGACCACAAUAGCUAAAAUCCUCAUUUGUACUGUGCUUCUACUAAGCUGGUGGCUUUGUAAACCUGAUGGAUAUCUUUUAUAAGGAAGUUGCAAUGCAUUUAGAGAUUUCAGCUCCUAAAUGUUGCUGGGCUUGCUUCCCAAAGUCCAUCAGCAGCCUUUGGAAUGUGCAGAUAGAGCUCUCAAGUAGUUCUGAUGAUUAAGGCAAUAUUUUCAUCUUUCCUAAAUCAUUGGUUUAAGUUAUGGCCUUCUCUUGUGCCUCCCAGCAAUAUAAAUACUGUAGCUCCAAAUAGUUGAGCAGCUUAUCUUUCAAGGGAUGAUGGGAGCACUUCACCUGGUGUGUGGAAUUCUAAGCAGACACAACAGCUCAAAAUCAAGCUUAAUUGGAACAGCUGAGAUGAAUCUGCACAUACGUAAACAGGAGGGCAGGAUGGAUAUGAUACAAUAAUUGUAGACAUUACAUUAGCAUCUAAAAGAAGUACGUCAAACAAUAAUUAUUACAUAUAAAGCGAUCCAGACCAAUUAAAUAUAUCUAGAGAAGCAGUGUGUUUUCCCAUCCCAUAACUCCUUUUGUUUCUCAUUUUUUUUAUUCUCACUGUUGUAUCUCUUUCCUGUUGUAAAGACCUCCCAACUUUAAUGUUCACACAAUGAAGCCUUUGAUGUAGGAGCUUUAUCUCACUUUUCCAUGUGUUCAACAGUAGCAUAUAUCAACCUUAUCUUCUCUGUUCAUUAGGAAAGCAAUAAUUUAAAUUUUUCUCCUCAAACUGAUCUCACAAGGGAUGUGACAUUUGUACAAUAGAGCUCACAAGGGUCAUUGCAGGGGCUUAGCAUCAGCACAGUACCCCCCAGACGCAAUCACAAUUAUAUAUUAGAAGUCCUGUUCUGUUCCAUGCUCUAUUGCUGCUGCUGUGGCAAGCAGCAAAGAAGGAGAAAUGCUGAUGACAUGACAAGGAUAUCUCAAGCUUUUGAAGAAGGCAUCAAAAAGAGUGGUGCCUGGAAAGCAAGAUGAGUGUGAUACACAGCACUGAGCUGAGAAUGUGGCUGGGGGUCACAGUUCUGAUUUCUCUUGCUGUGUGCUUGGCUGUGGAGGAAGUAACUGAUGAAGGAAUACUUUGUUCAAAGUACCAGCAAGCUUUCAACCAUUCAUGCUAUGAGUUUGUUAGACUCCAGCAAACCUUCACAAGUGCCCAGAGAUGGUGUGAGAGAGGAGGAGGGCACCUUGUCUUUAUUCAAAAUGAGGACACUCAAGAGUUCUUGCAAAAACAUAUUGCUGAGGACCAGGAAUGGUGGAUUGGACUGAUCUCAAACUCCUUGCUGAAUGAAACUACUGAUGGGUCCAUAACUUGGCUGGACACUUCAAACAUAAGCUACAGUAAAUGGUACAAGGAUCAGCCCUCUCCCUUCUCAUCCGCAUGUGGGUACAUACUGAAGAAUGCCAAGUAUCAGUGGGGUGUGACUGAAAAUUGCAGCCAGGAAUUUUACUUCAUUUGCGAGUUUGAUUCUGGCCAGAGCAUUGCUUGUGAUAGUUACAAUGCCACUGUACAGUGUGGAUCAGGAGAAGUUAUUCAAGUUGAAGAGAGCUUCUAUGGGCGGAAGACCCCUCACUACUGUGUGCCAGAGACUCCUCUCCAGUUUGAAACAGAUGAAGGCUGCAGCUGGAUCAGUGUCAAGGAUGAAGUGGCAGGCCAGUGUCAUGGUCUGCAGGCCUGCCAGGUGGCAGCAGAUGGCACUUUCUUUGGAGAUCCUUGUCCAGCUUUGGGAAGCUAUUUGUCUAUUCAAUACCACUGCAAGGAAGGUCUGCAGCUGGUUAUGACAGACACAUGUUUUGUCUUUGAAAAUAUCACGGUCACUUUGAACUGGCUGCUCUCACCAUACUCUGGGAACCUUUCCUGUACCAUUAGCACUGGGGAUGGUUACACUAUUGAUCCUUACUACCCUCUAACACUGGUCAGCAACCUCACAUACAGGUACUCCUCUGCUGGGGAGUUUACUGUUUUUGUGGAGUGCACCACCAGCGAGUGGCACGUGAUGGCACAGAGGCAGGUGACUGUUCAAGAUCAGGUGGAUCAGCUCAGCAUUUCUGGGUGCUACAGCCAGUAUGAAACAGGGAACAGCUCCCACUGCCGUACCCUGUAUGGAGAGGUGUUGUGGAUCCAAGUUCAGCUCAGUGGAGGCAAUGGAGUAACCUACAGCAUAUUUGCAGAUAACAUGACACUGACUGAAUCCAGUGCAGAGGAAGGUCUUGUCCCCCAUAACCUGACACUCAACAGCGCUUCCCAAAAGCUGAUAGGCCCAGGGAUGCACUGGCUGGAAAUCCGAGCAUCCGGGAACACGACGGCAUCAGAGAUCUCCAGGAGUAUUGCUGUUCAUUUAAUUGAACCAGUAUCUGGGAUUCAGGCUGCAGUAGCUUCCCACACUCUGCAGCUGGGGGAGGAUUUGGAGGUGAAUGUCUCUGUGUCCCAUGGUGCCCCAGAGCAGCUGAUGUUUGAGGUGAUUGGAUCCAACCAAACCCACUGUCACAGAGCAGACAGCCCUCGUGGGGAGCUGCAGACGUACAGCGUUCCUGCUCCGUCAGAAGGUACAGCACAGGGAAAAACAUUCCAGGAAAAGCCUUUCAGCAGUGGACACCCAUCAGAAACCCCCCUGAAAACUCUUAACAGAAAAGAAGGGAGUUUUCUUUACAAAUUGUAUAUUAUACCCCAAACAUGUUGGACUGAGCCCAUGCUACUCUUAACUGGCCCUUUGCCUUCUCUAGGUACUUUCCAAGUGAAAGUGGUGGCCAUGAAUGCCUUCUCAAAUGUGAGUCUGGAUCUUGGAUUCGUCACUGUGUUGGCAAACGGUUCCCAUAAAAAAGGUAAUGGCAUUAAUCUGACCUUGCUGGUUUUGACCACGUAUUCUGCUGAGGAAGAAGGCAUCUACAAAACAAAUAUCCGAAAGAAAAAUGAUCACAGAAUAUAUAUUAAACCGAGUCGCCAUGUGGAUCCUUUUACAACUGUUACACUUGGCUGGCCAGACAACAACAAUAAUUCCAGUUUUCUCUGGACCUGUGGUGCUUGUUGGCCUGCCUGGAAUGAAUGUGUGAAGCAACAGAUAAUCCAAAUCAACCAAAGCAAGGUGCAAAUCCCACCUUCCUGCCUUCCUCCUCCGAAAUCAGCAGUGACUGUCAGGAUUAUGGUCCAAAGCCAUGGCAGUGAAGAGAGGCAGGAUGAGCAAUGUCUCUAUGUGACUGCAAAACAAGAACUGCAACUGGAAAUCAGGUGUGAGGCAAACUGCAAGCCAGUGAAUGUUAGUGAUGAAGUUGUUUUGAGUGUCUCUGGACAGGAGGACUCCCAUACAAUAUCUUAUGACUGGUAUUUAGAUAACACAUUCAUAAACAAGUCUACAACCCUCCCUCCAGCCUGUGGCCUGAUUGGUUUCCAGCAGAACUCUUUGAAUUUGCUUCAAAGCAACACAUCUGUAUUGAGAAUUCCCAGCUCCUUCUUGCAGACACAGGGAGAAGCUUUUCAGAUUAAAGUAAGAGGUAGGGGCACGGCCCUGGCUGAUGCUCCGCUCUCUCCUGUGCGGGGCACGGCCCUGGCUGAUGCUCCGCUCUCUCCUGUGCCAGGCAUGACCCAGCGAGGCUACGGCGAGGGCUCGUUCCUGGUGAGCACCGUGCCCCCGCCCGACCGCCCCGCCUGUGCCGUGAGCCCCGGGCACGGCUCCGCGCUCACCGCCUUCAGAGUCUCCUGCAGCGCCCCCGGCUCGGAGCGCUCGGGCCGCUCCAGUCCUAGCAGGCAGCUCACAUAUUGCUUCUAUGAGACACCCAGAGGUGUCUCUGUGGUGUCUGACCCCUUCUUUCCCAUUUCAGAUUCUCUCCUGGAUUGUAGCCCGGAUCCUGAACUCUUCCCAGUUUAUCUUCCACUUGGAGAAGAGGAAAAUAAUUUUAUUUUACAUGUGACAAUCAUUGUUAGCAACAACUUUGGUGACAGAGUUCAAACAAAUGCUUCAGUGAAGGUUGGACCUGCAGAUACGAUGGAUGGGAACCUGACCCUGCAGGCUGUGAUAUCUGAGAAGGCAAACACCAUCCUAAAAGAUGGGAACAACAGCAUGAGUCUUUUCCAGCUGUACAAGUCAGUAACAUCUGUCCUUAAUCAGCAGAUCCAGGAGGAAAGUUUUAACAUGUCUUUACAGACAAAUACACGAAAAGAGCUCCGAGGGCUGAUGCUGACAACUCUCUCUGUUGUUAACAUAACAUCAAUGCAGACUGCUCUGAAGAUGUCAGAGGUAUUGAAAGAAAUCACUUACAGGAGUGAAGAGCUGUCUGUCUCAGCACAGGUGGAAGCCAGCAGCACUCUGAAACAUGUCAGUGCCUCCUUGCUUGCUGUGAACACAGAGCACAUCAGAGAUGGUCAGGAGUUAAAGGAAGCAGCCAGCUAUCUGUUUAAUGCAGUGAGCAAUGUUCUUAAAGCUUCUGUAGAAAUCAGAGCUGGGAACGCUUCAGUGCCAGAGGCAGAACAGAGUUCAGUGUCACACCAGCUCCUAAGCACAGUUGAAAAUCUCCAGAGUGCCCUUUUGUUUGGGAAGGCACCGGGUGAUGAGCCAACAGUCCUCACCUCUCCCUCUGCCACAAUGUACAUGCACAGAUUACGAGCAGAAAACAUGGAUGGUACAUCCAUUAACAUCUCCAAUUCCAGCUCUGCCAGUUUUACUCUCCCGCCUGCUUCCUCUCUCAGUGUUCCAGGAGUUGAUGGUGAAACAGUAGAUAUAAGGAUGGUGAGCUUUGCCAUGAAUCCCUUUUUCUCCAGUGACAGCAGUUCUGACAUCAGUGGGACAGUGGGAGGUCUAAGUCUAACUGGUCUGGAUGGUUUGAUCAUACCAGUCAGCAACCUCAAAGAGAACAUUGAGAUCAUGUUACCAAGGCUUUCAGCAACUCAGGAAGAUAAGAUUCUGUUGAAUCUGGGCAAUUAUAGCACUUUUCAAGUCAAUGUUACCUCAGAAAACACAUCUGUAGUGAUCCACCUGGAAUCUGAACAUGACAUCCCACUAAUAUUUUACCUGGGGUAUGGUUAUCACCCAAAUGAAACCAACUACGAUAUGAAAAAUCAUCUGUUUUAUAAGAAAACUUCUGGAGGUGAGACAAACAGUUGGGUUCUCAGCCGAGAAGAACUAAUUUUUGGAGAAGGAACCUACUAUUUCAUGGUUUUACAAGAUACAGGAAUGGAUUCAAGAGUCUACAAUGGGCUAACCAUAAAUGCCACUUGCUUUGCAUCCCGCUGUGCAUUUUGGGACGAGCACCAGGGAGGCUGGAGCAGCUAUGGAUGUCAUGUAAGUAGAGCAAAACAAAACAAUGUGUCUGUUACACACUUCAAAGCCAGCCCUCAUAACCACUGUCAUGUAGUAAGUGACACCAUAAAACAAGAUCAUUCUAAGAUAUACUUUGAAGCCAGAUGUUUAUCAGGAAUCUUUUCUGGGUUUCAGGUAGGACCAAAAACAAAUCCUAGCAGCACACAGUGCCUCUGCAACCAUCUGACCUUCUUUGGGAGCUCCUUCUUUGUCAUACCCAAUGCCAUAGAUGUCAGCAAAACAACACAGCUGUUUGGUACAUUUGUGGACAAUCCUGUGGUGGUGACAACUGUAGGAUGCAUCUUUCUGAUAUAUGUGCUUGUAGUUAUUUGGGCUCGAAGGAAAGACAUCCAGGAUGAUGCCAAAGUGAAAAUCACAGUCCUGGAAGACAAUGACCCCUUUGCUCAAUAUCGUUACCUUGUGACAGUUUUCACAGGACACCGCCGUGGCGCAGCCACAACCUCCAAGGUGACCCUCACCCUCUAUGGACUGGAUGGAGAAAGUGAGCCCCAUCAUCUAAAUGAUCCUGAUACACCAGUCUUUGAACGUGGAGGAGUGGAUGUUUUCCUCCUCUGUACCUUCUUUCCUCUUGGGGAACUGCAGAGUAUUAGAUUGUGGCAUGAUAAUUCAGGUGACAGUCCAUCCUGGUAUGUGAAUCGAGUAUUAGUCCAUGAUCUGGCAUGGGAUCAGAAAUGGUACUUCCUCUGUAACUCCUGGUUAGCCAUUGAUAUUGGAGAAUGUGUCCUAGAUAAAGUAUUCCCAGUAGCAACUGAACAGGACAUGAAGCAGUUCAGCAAUCUGUUUUUCAUGAAGACCUCCAAGGGUUUCCAGGAUGGGCACAUCUGGUACUCGGUUUUCAGCCGCUCCCCACGAAGCUCCUUCACGCGAGCCCAGCGAGUGUCCUGUUGCUUCUCACUGCUCCUCUGCACCAUGCUGACCAGCAUCAUGUUCUGGGGUGUGCCAAAGGAUCCUGCUGAGCAGAAAAUGGAUUUGGGUAAGAUUGAAUUCACAUGGCAGGAAGUGAUGAUUGGCUUUGAGAGCUCCCUCCUCAUGUUCCCCAUCAACCUGCUCAUUGUGCAGAUCUUCAGGAACAUACGACCUCGGCCAGCCCAGCCGGGCAGAGAGAAGCCGGGAAAGAGUGGCCGAGUGUCCCCAAGCCUGCCUCCCACCCCAGGAGCCACCCAAGCUGCCUCUCUCACUCCAGAGGCCGUGACAAAGGACAUAAGAAGAAUUGCCAACUCACUCUCUAAAGCCCUGAAGGCUCCAUCUCUCACCUCAGCACCAGACCUUGAAAAAUCAAUGAAUAUCAACACACUCCUGUCAUUGGUUGAGGAUAUCAUCUGUCAGCAGAACAGAGCUGGGCAAGGGUUUUAUGAUGAGAGCAGGAAGGAUGGCCCCAUAAUUGUCACAUUGGGUGCUAUGGAUAUCCAAGAAAAAACAAGAAGUCCAACUCCAGAGAACAGAACUUGUGACCAGCUGAAAUACAGUGAUUACCAUCGCUGCUUGUACAAGCAACUUCAGCAGGUAGAGAUGGAGCUGGAAUUACUGGGGCCCCAUAAAUUUCAGAUGCCUCAGAGUUACACACAAGCUGUUUGUCAGGUCCAGCACAUGAAGAACCUCCUGGAGAACCAAAUCUGCUCAUCAACAUCCAUCACUGAGAGGUGGUCCCAUACUCCAAACUUGCCCAGUGAUGACAAGAAAAAUUCUUCUCCCAGAGGGCUACCCUGGUGGUUUGUGUUCAUUGCUUGGUUCCUUGUGGCAGCCACCAGCGGUGUGUCCGGGUUCUUUACCAUGCUUUAUGGACUCCAUUAUGGCAAGGAGAACUCCAUCAAGUGGCUCAUCUCCAUGGUCAUCUCCUUCUUGGAAAGUCUUUUCAUCACACAGCCCUUAAAGGUGCUGGGAUUUGCUGCUUUUUUUGCUCUGGUUCUGAAAAACGUGGAACAUGAGGAUGAAGAAAACACAGCUAUUGAUGGGUCUUUAUCUGCACCAGGUGAUUCACACCCUCUCUUUGGGGUCCGAAGGGACAGUAGAAGCAAUAUUUACCGGCCACCUCCUGCUGCUGAUGUGGAGAAAAUGAAAAUCAGCUGCAUGAAGGAGCAGAAAGCAUUUGCCCUCAUCAGAGAAAUCCUCGCCUAUCUGGGAUUUUUAUGGAUGCUGUUACUGGUUGCCUAUGGGCAGAGAGAUCCCAAUUCCUACUAUUUAAACAAGCAUAUUAAGGACAGCUUUACGGAUGGAUUCCACGAUGUCUACAGUUACCAGGAUUUUUUCACGUGGGCGAACACUACUUUACUCAAAAAUCUUUAUGGAUCAUAUAAAGGAUUCAUUACAGAUGGCAAUUCCAAGCUGGUGGGUAGCGCUCGAAUUCGCCAAGUAAGAGUGAAAGGAGACAGCUGCCCUAUUUCUCCCAGACUCCAGCACAUAGUUGAGGAAUGUCACGCUCCAUACUCCCUACAAACAGAAGAUACAUCCAUUUAUGGGGAGCACUGGAAUACCUCAGUCUUUGAUAACUCCUCUGACUUGAGCUCAGCGUGGCAGUAUCAGAGUCAGUCCAAACUGAGAGGACACCCCAGCUGGGGUAAACUUGCCAUAUACAGCGGAGGGGGAUAUGUGAUUCACCUGGGAACUGACCCUAUAAAUGCCUCCAGAAUUCUCCAAUACCUUUUCAACAACAUCUGGCUUGACACCUUCACAAGAGCAGUGUUUGUUGAAUUCACAGUCUACAAUGCCAACGUGAACCUUUUCUGCAUUAUAAGUCUAAUGUUUGAAAGCAAUGCUUUAGGGGCCUUCUUCACAAGUGCAGAGCUGCAAAGUGUCCGGCUCUACCCCUACACCAACAGCCUCCACAUCUUUGUGGUUGCAGCAGAAGUAAUUUAUUUCCUCUUCAUUGUGUACUACAUGAUAGUACAGGGAAAGCUGCUGAAGAGUCUGAGAUGGAGAUACUUCCACAGCAAGUGGAAUCUCCUGGAGAUGGCCAUUAUAUUGAUUAGCUGGAGUGCUCUGUCAGUGUUUGUGAAACGGACAGUCCUUGGGACCCGAGACAUCAGCUACUACCAGGAACACAAGGAAGACUCCAUAAGCUUCAGUGAAACAGCGAGAGCUGAUGCCGUUCUUGGCUACCUGAUUGCAUUCCUGGUGCUUCUCUCCACAGUGAAACUGUGGCAUCUGCUGAGGCUUAACCCAAAACUGAACAUGAUCACAUCAACACUAAGGAGGGCAUGGGGUGAUAUCUCUGGAUUCAUCACUGUUAUUGCAAUCAUGUUCCUUGCCUAUUCCAUUGCUGCAAACCUGAUAUUUGGCUGGAAGCUCUACUCUUACAAAACUCUCUCUGAUUCGGCAGAGACCAUGGUCAGUCUUCAGCUGGGAAUCUUCAACUACGAGGAGGUCUUGGACUACAAUCCAAUUUUAGGCUCCUUCUUAAUUGGAUCCUGCAUAAUUUUUAUGACAUUUGUGGUACUGAAUCUGUUCAUUUCGGUGAUUCUGGUUGCUUUUAGUGAGGAGCAGAAGUAUUACCAGGCUUCAGAAGAAGAGGAGAUUGUUGAUCUAAUGGUAAUGAAACUCUUCAGUUUCUUUGGGAUAAAAUGCAAGAAGGAAGAGAAACCGGCCACUGGUGAACAACUAGAGCAACCUGUCAGCGAGUGAACGAAGACCACCUUGAAAAAUCACUUUGCUUGUGGGCAAAGUAUUUAAUUGUUUGCUAUCAGCUGCAGUGCUUAGAGUUAGGCUAGGUUAUAAGCUUAGGUUAUUACGGCUUCUGCUUAAAAUGGGUUUACCCAAGGGAAUGGCUGGAGCUGUGUCAGGGGAGGUUUAUGUCGGGUAUUAGGGAAAGGUGUUCGGGCACUGACCAGGCUCCCCAGGGAAUGGGCACGGCCUCAAACCUAAGAGAGCUCAUGAAGCAUUUGGACAAUGCUCUCAGGCACAUGUGGGAUUGCUGGGGUGUCUCUGCAGGGCCAGGAGUUGGACUUCAAUCUUCGUGGGUCCCUUCCAACUCGGCCUGUUCUGUGAUUCUGGGAAAACGGCGCCGUGUUCACUCCCAAAGCGCUGCCGGCGUGUUAUUCUGGAGUAAUAGCUAAGAAAUAGGGGUAACCCUAAGGCGAAACGUCCCAUGUGCACUUUCUGUAGACUUGGCGCCUGUAUUUAUUUAAUAAACAUCGAGCGACUGUUGCACAGCUUGGAUAAAUCCUCUCCCUCUCCGCCGCGGCGGCGCACGGAACAUGGCGGCUCCCUCAGGCCGCCCCACGCCCGGGGCUGGCGGGGCGCGAAGCCGGGCCUU